AUGUCUUUAAUAAAACGGAGCGGAGGCGGCGCUGGAGAAGAGAAGGAAAGUUUUGCCUCUGUCUGGGAGAUUCCCUCCUGCACAAAGGGUCGUCCUCGUCCUGGAACCUCUCGAAUUGAGUCGGAGCCAGAUUUGGCGGUGUGUAAACACCUGGCCGCCAGCCAGAAAAGACUCACUCUGCAGUAUCCUCCACACGGGCUGUAUGACAAAUGUUCUUUUACCUCGCGUGACCGAGGAUGGGUCGUGGGCAUUCACACCGUCAGUGAUCAAGGCAACAGAGACCCACGCUACUUUUUCUCCUUGAAGACAGACCGGGCCCGGCAAGUGACCACCAUCAAUGCCCACCGCAGCUACCUCCCAGGCCAGUGGGUAUACCUAGCUGCCACUUAUGAUGGGCGUUUGAUGAAGCUGUAUGUGAAUGGUGCCCAGGUGGCCACCUCAGGGGAGCAAGUAGGUGGCAUAUUCAGCCCGCUGACCCAGAAGUGUAAAGUUCUCAUGUUGGGGGGCAGUGCUCUGAAUCACAACUACCGAGGCUACAUCGAGCACUUCCAUCUGUGGAGGGUGGCCAGGACUCAGCGGGAGAUACUAUUAGACAUGGAAACCCAUGGCCUCCAUACCCCUCUACCUCAGCUCCUCCUCCAGGAGAACUGGGACAAUGUGAAGCGCAUGUGGUCCCCCAUGAAGGAUGGCAACAGCCCCAGAGUGGAAUUCAGCAAUGCCAAUGGUUUCCUGCUAGACACCAAUCUGGAGCCCCCUUUGUGUGGGCAGACGCUGUGUGAUAACACAGAGGUCAUCGCCAGCUACAACCAGCUCCCGAGUUUCCGCCAACCCAAGGUAGUGCGCUACCGCGUGGUCAACCUCUACAAUGACCACCACGAGAACCCGACUGUGAGCCACCAGCAGGUGGACUUCCAGCACAGGCAGCUGGUUGAGGCCUUCAGGCACUACAACAUCUCCUGGGAGCUGGAGGUGCUGGAGGUGAACAACUCCUCCCUGCGUCACCGCCUCAUUCUGGCCAACUGUGAUAUCAGUAAGAUCGGGGAUGAGAACUGUGAUCCCGAGUGCAAUCACACCCUGACCGGCCAUGACGGUGGGGACUGCCGCCACCUGCGUCACCCUGCCUUCGUGAAGAAGCAGCAGAAUGGUGUGUGUGACAUGGAUUGCAAUUAUGAUCGCUUCAGCUUUGACGGCGGAGAGUGUUGUGACCCUGAAAUCACCGACGUCACUAAGACAUGCUUUGAUCCCGACUCUCCACACAGAGCCUACUUGGAUGUUAAUGAGCUGAAGAACAUUCUUAGAUUGGAUGGCUCAACACACCUCAAUAUAUUCUUUGCAAAUUCUUCAGAAGAAGAGUUGGCGGGAGUAGCAACCUGGCCAUGGGACAAGGAGGCCCUAAUGCACUUAGGUGGCAUUGUCUUGAACCCGUCUUUCUACGGCAUUCCUGGGCACACUCACACCAUGAUCCAUGAGAUUGGGCACAGUCUGGGCCUCUACCACAUCUUCCGAGGCAUCUCAGAAAUCCAGUCCUGCAGCGACCCCUGCAUGGAGACAGAGCCUUCCUUUGAGACCGGAGAUCUCUGCAAUGACACCAACCCAGCCCCUAAACACAAGUUUUGUGGUGAUCCAGGACCAGGGAAUGACACCUGUGGCUUUCAUAGCUUCUUCAACACUCCUUACAACAACUUCAUGAGCUAUGCAGAUGACGACUGUACGGACUCCUUCACGCCCAAUCAAGUUGCCAGAAUGCACUGUUACUUGGACCUGGUGUACCAGAGCUGGCAGCCCUCCAGGAAGCCAGCGCCUGUCGCACUUGCCCCCCAGGUUGUGGGCCACACAACGGACUCUGUGACGCUGGAGUGGUUCCCACCCAUCGACAGUCACUUCUUUGAAAGAGAAUUGGGAUCAGCAUGUGACCUUUGCCUGGAAGGGAGAAUCCUGGUGCAGUAUGCUUUCAGAGCCUCCUCCCCAAUGCCCUGUGGCCUAUUUGGACACUGGAGCCCCCGGGAAGCAGAAGGUCAUCCAGAUGUUGAGCAACCCUGUAAAUCCAGUGUCCGCACCUGGAGCCCAAAUUCAGCUGUCAAUCCACACACGGUCCCUCCAGCCUGCCCUGAGCCACAAGGCUGUUACCUUGAGUUGGAAUUCCACUACCGCUUGGUCCCUGAGACUCUGACUAUCUGGGUGACCUUUGUCUCCACUGACUGGGACUCUAGUGGAGCUGUCAGUGACAUCAAGCUCUUGACGGUCAGUGGAAUGAACAUUUCACUGGGCCCUCAGAACGUCUUCUGUGACAUACCACUGACCAUCAGACUUCAAGAUGUGAGUGAGGAGGUGUAUGGGAUCCAGAUCUACACCCUGGAUGAACACCUGGAAAUUGAUGCAGCCAUGUUGACCUCCACUGCAGAUAGCCCACUCUGCCUAGCGUGUAAACCUCUGCAGUAUAAGGUAGUCCGGGACCCUCCUCUCCAGUCGGACACAGUUUCCCUCUUGCACCUCAGUAGAAGAUUCAUGGACACGGACCUCAAACUUGGCGGUGUGUACCAGUACCGGGUCAUCACCAUUUCCGGAACUGAAGAAAGUGAGCCAUCACCUGCUGCCACCUACACCCACGGAAGCGGAUACUGUGGCGACGGUGUUAUCCAGAAAGGCCAAGGGGAGGAAUGUGAUGACAUGAAUAAGAUCAAUGGUGAUGGCUGCUCCCUUUUCUGCCAACGAGAAGUUUCUUUCAACUGCAUUGAUGAACCCAGCCGGUGCUAUUUCCACGAUGGAGACGGGAUAUGUGAAGAGUUUGAACAGAAGACUAGCAUUAAAGACUGUGGUGUUUACACACCCCAGGGAUUCCUGGAUCAGUGGGCAUCCAACGCUUCUGUGUCCCAUCAGGACCAGCAGUGCCCUGGGUGGGUCGUCAUUGGGCAGCCAGCAGCGUCACAGGUAUGUAGAACCAAGGUGAUUGAUCUCAGUGAAGGCAUCUCUCAGCACGCCUGGUACCCUUGCACCAUCAGCUAUCCAUACUCGCAACUGGCUCAGACAGCUUUCUGGCUCCAGGCAUAUUUCUCUCAGCCAAUGGUUGCUGCAGCUGUCAUUGUCCACCUGGUGACUGAUGGGACAUAUUAUGGGGACCAAAAGCAAGAGACCAUCAGCGUGCAGCUGCUUGACACCGAAGAUCAGAGUCACGAUCUAGGCCUCCAUGUCCUGAGCUGCAGGAACAAUCCCCUGAUUAUCCCUGUGGUCCAUGACCUCAGCCAGCCCUUCUACCACAGCCAGGCGGUACGUGUGAGCUUCAGUUCGCCCCUGGUUGCCAUCUCUGGGGUGGCCCUCCGCUCCUUCGACAACUUUGACCCUGUCACCCUGAGCAGCUGCCAGAGAGGAGAGACCUACAGCCCUGCAGAGCAGAGCUGUGUGCACUUUGCCUGCGAGGCCUCUGACUGCCCAGAGCUGGCCGUAGAGAAUGCUUCUCUCAAUUGCUCCAGCAGCGACCGCUACCACGGUGCCCAGUGCACUGUCAGCUGCCAGACAGGCUACGUGCUCCAGAUACAGCGCGAUGAUGAGCUGAUCAAAAGCCAGACUGGACCCAGUGUCACAGUGACCUGCACAGAAGGCAAGUGGAAUAAGCAGGUGGCAUGUGAGCCAGUGGACUGCGGUGUCCCCGACCACCAUCAUGUCUAUGCAGCCUCCUUCUCCUGUCUGGAAGGCACCACCUUUGGCAGGAAAUGUUCCUUUCAGUGUCGUCACCCUGCACAGUUGAAAGGCAACAACAGCCUCCUCACCUGUAUGGAAGAUGGGCUGUGGUCCUUCCCAGAGGCCCUGUGUGAGCUCAUGUGUCUCGCCCCACCCCCAGUACCAAACGCAGACCUCCAGACAGGCCGGUGCCGUGAAAACAAGCAUAAGGUGGGCUCCUUCUGCAAGUACAAGUGCAAACCUGGAUACCAUGUGCCUGGCUCCUCUCGGAAGUCAAAGAAACGGGCCUUCAAGACGCAGUGUACCCAGGAUGGCAGCUGGCAGGAGGCAGCUUGUGUUCCUGUGACGUGUGAGCCACCUCCACCCAAAUUCCAUGGGCUUUACCAGUGCACUAAUGGCUUCCAGUUCAACAGUGAGUGUAGGAUCAAGUGUGAGGACAGCGACGCCUCCCAGGGACGCGGGAGCAACAUUAUCCACUGCCGGAAAGAUGGCACCUGGAGCGGCUCCUUCCAUGUCUGCCAGGAGAUGCAGGGCCAGUGCUCCACCCCAAACCAGCUCAACAGCAACCUUAAGCUGCAGUGCCCAGACGGCUAUGCCAUAGGGUCAGAGUGCACCACCUCGUGCCUGGACCACAACAGCGAGUCCAUCCUCCUGCCAAUGAAUGUGACCAUGAGUGACAUCCCUCACUGGCUGAACCCCACACGAGUGCAGAGAGUUGUCUGCACUGCUGGUCUCAAGUGGUACCCUCAUCCUGCUCUGAUCCACUGUGUCAAAGGCUGUGAGCCCUUUAUGGGAGACAAUUACUGUGAUGCCGUCAACAACAGAGCCUUCUGCAACUAUGAUGGUGGGGAUUGCUGCACCUCCACGGUGAAGACCAAAAAGGUCACUCCUUUCCCUAUGUCUUGUGACCUACAAGGUGACUGUGCUUGUCGGGACCCGGAAGCCCAAGAACAUAGCCGGAAAGACCUCCGGGGGUACAGCCAUGGAUAAGGAAGAACAAGCAGUUGUCAAAGAAUUCCCAACACUAGGACCCGCAUCCCUUUGGUAUUGAUUUCACAGUCUGCUGCUCAAUGGAAUGGCCUCUCCACACCAGGGAUCCUUAGCACCCAACCGAUCUGCCUUUAAUUUCACCCAGGAAGGACUCAUAGUAGGGCGAAUGGACCAAGUCUCAUCAUAAUGGAUGUUGGAAUGGAAUCCCAUCCCAAAGUCUGAGAUGGAUUGCGUAUACAACAUGCAGUCCCAGAGCCUCCUAAAAUUCUAAUCAUUUAUCACAUAACCACAGCAAAAACAUGUACUUGAGAGUAUGCACAUCUGUGGUUAGAAUACAUGCAUGCAUACACUUCCAUACAAAAACAUCUGUGUGAGGACAGUUCUGGAGACAGAGUUGAGAGAGACUGGAACAAACUCAAUCUUUCCUUUCCCAUGCACAUAACCAACACUCUCCAUGGGAGGAAGAGAGUUAUAGGAACUGCUAAGAUCAAGUAUUGAGAUGCCAAGAAAGCUCACGCCCUGAAGCUCAGAACAUGUAGACUGCAUAAUUGUGCAGUCCUUUGGGAUUGGAAGUGAAAUGAUCUGUGGUCACCAACUUUCAAGCAGAAUAGGGCCCAGGAAGAGGUAGAGAUUCUAAGGUAUGCAAAGUCCCCCAGUUCUCUCGCUGCCAUAGGGAUUUUACCCCAACCCCAGGGUUCUAGGUCAAGCCAGAAAUGGCUUAGGACUGGAAAGUUAACGUGUUAUACCAGCCCCCUACUUGAGGCUUGAGGUCAUAAUAUCCCUCCACAUCCCACCCAUUCCCCAGAUCUUGCCUUGGGACCACAUUUGCUGCUACUUUUCCUGCUGCUCUAUCUUAUACAUAAGGUACCCCAAGAUGACAGAACUAGGUUAGGAGAAACACCACCCAACCAAACAGUCUGCCUUAAAAGCGGCCCACAUUUUCCCACAUUUCCUCACCUCUGAGUCCUUCUGUAAGAGAAAACCCUUCAUGAGCCCACAUGAUGGGAAGUAAAGUCCCGCAUGAGUGGGCUUCUCAUGCUGGAAGGGAAGUAUGGGACCUCAAAUGCUGGGAUCCUUCCUGAGAGUACAGAAUGCUUAAGUCAGUGUUAGAUUUCAUAACCAAGUGGAACAGUGUUAAGCUUCUGGGAUGUUGGAGCUAUCCAGAGACUUUCAGAACUGUCUGGACUCUUGGGUUAUGAUCCUUGUCCUAGUCUUCUUAGCCAUCCAGGCCAGAGGAGGCCUUGGUUCUGCGAAACUCACUGUUCCUGUGCAGAUAUAAUUCUGGAACAGAGACUCAUCUUGAAUGCUAUUAACGUGGACAUGUUCUCAAGGGCCAUUAGAGGAAAGCUUAAGAUUUCACAGCCCUGGUGUCCAACAUGAUCAUCACAUUUUCUGUAUUGAUUUUCCGCCACCAGUACACACCUGUGGCUAGACAAUUUCCCCAUGUCUCCCAUAUUCAUCCACCACAAGUUAAGAGGAAAUUAUUCAAUUACACAGGGAAGCAAGUCCCCACUUCUUUUAGGGACUUUUUGCCUAUUUUCAGUCAGUAACUGUCCACUCCCUUUGAGUUAAUGUGGAAAGAGAUUAAUACCGGAUGAAGCAGAGACAGUGGUUAAGUUUGACAUAUUUUAUGAAACCCAGAAAUGGAGGUAAGGACAUGGAAAGCUCUGAACUAAUUAUGUCAUAUAAAGAUCACUGUAAGUCAAGUGAUCUCAAGUCUAGUGAAGACAACCAACAAGAGCAAAGUCUAGAACAGAAAUGGACAUUACCAGGCACAUGUGCACCUCCCCCAAUUCCUGUAUGGAGGGCAGGCAUUGUUCAUCCAUCAUGGUUCCUUUUCCUCUCGGGACCAAAAAUAACAUCAGAAACUCUCUGAUUUUAUGACUCCCAACAGUAAUUACCUGCUGAUCAGAACACUUGAAAAGGCAUCUGUUGUCCUUCUGUGGUCCAUUAUAUUAAGAAAUACAUCAAGGUGCUUUUUCAACAGGUGAACACCUGUGAGGAUGCAGUGCUUAGUGCUUAGUUUACAUGGCUUUCCCCAUUACAAACUCUGAGAUUGCAUUCCAGAAGGGAGAGGCUGCCACCAUUGUAAGGCCAAGUUCAUAUCCUUUUUGAUUUCUUUUAUAAAACCAUACACAGGGAAUUUAUUUCUGUAAUCACCCAGGCCAAUCCUUUGCAAAAAAGAACAAUAAUAGAAGGAUUGACCUUAUUUUGUGCCUAUCUCCAGUAAAACUCUUAUCAACUCUUAUGGCCUAACAAUUGCUCUACCUGAGUUUUUGGCCUUGUAGUGGCAGUUCGGAAGGUGCAAGCUGAGAGAGGAAAGAGGGCCAGCCCUCCUGGUGGCUCAGUUAUAUCCAUGAGUAGUACAAAGUGCUCGGAAGACCCGAAGAUGGCAUUACUAAUGUCAGGAUUGUAGGAAGCACAGGAAACCCUCACCAGCUUCCCAUACACCAAUCCUCAUCUGGUCUCCACCCUCACUGCCACUAUUAUCUAUCCCUACACUUUCUAGAUGGGCAAAAGUUCCCAGAGGCUUACUUCCACCUUCAGAUUCACAGUUGGAAUUGAGCUUUUCGAGGAGACCUAGUCUCUUCCAUACUGUAAUCCAAACCUGUUACUGACAAGUUAAUGUUUGCCAAGGAUAUUUCUUAGGUGAAACAGGACCCCUGACUGGGGGCCAGCCUUCAUGAGGAAGGGUCAUCUCUAUUCAUGUGCACUGAUUCCAAGUUCCACAUCCCUGGAGUCAUCUGUUUAGGACAAUGGAGUACUCACAAGGAGGCGGCUCUGAAGCACUGCUGUGUAUUGGCAGCUCAGGGGGCCUAGAAUACUCAAGAGCUCUGCAUCUGAAGAAGCACUGCCCUGUCAGCGGCACUGAAGAGAAGAAGAAAAGGGCAUAUCUCUGAGCCCAAUCCUGGGAAGCCUUUCCAAGCCACAACUCUAACUGCCUGCCCAGAGGACUUGCAUUACACCCGAAUUCUGUGCCAAAAAACUUGUGAGGGAAUACAGUUCUUGGGAAAUCAGUUUGAGUAGGUGAACUGGGGUGUAAAGGAAGGGAGAGAUUAAUGGUCAUCAAUAGCGGGCCUUUGGAGACAGAGGGUAUCAGCUGCUACUCUUGGCUUCUGCGCAUUGGGUCACUGCCUAGACUGUUCUCUUGGUCUUAUUCCCACCUUGGCCAAUGCUUAAAUGCUAUUUGUUGAAAAUAAUUAUUUGAGACAGUUUUCAGCUACCUCCCUUCCAGGUUUGAUUUAACUUGGUUGUGACUGUCAGUUUGUUAUAGGUCUUACCUGUGUUUAAAAAAGAAAUCAAGAGAAAGGAAAGAAAGAAGAAAGAAGGGGAAGGAAAGAAA